CAACGUGUGCACACCAUCGAAUCCGGUUUGUCGUCUGAUGAUUCAAGAGUCUGCUCCUUCUGCUCCUUCUGCUCCUGCUGCUGCUGCUGCUGCUGCUGCUGCUGCUCUGCUGCUGCCCCUUGUGCUGGUGCGACGGCGUGUUCUUUCUUCUAACGCUUUUCGUCGACGGGGAAGACUUUUCCGUGAGAAGCGAAAGGCGGAAGUGGAAAGUGCAGUAGGGAUUCCGCGAGAGAAGACGAGUGAAGGAGAGUGGGAAAGGAAAGAGGAGGAGGGGGGCAAGAAGGGAGUGGAGGUCUGCUGAGGGAGUGUUGUCGGAAGAAGUAGAGGCGACGGUGAAAAGAGCGCUAUCAGCGGAUGAUGGAGCAGCUCGUGCUUGAGCUGAUCAUUCCAGAGCAAAGGGAGAAUGCUCUACUCGAUCUCAGCAAGAAACGCGAGGCGUUUCCCGACCUGGCUCCGAUUCUCUGGCACUCCUGUGGAACUAUAGCUGCUCUUCUUCAGGAAAUUGUAUCUAUCUAUCCGGCGCUGUCACCUCCAACUCUCAGUGCUGGAGCAUCUAAUCGAGUAUGCAAUGCGUUGGCACUACUGCAAUGUGUAGCUUCUCAUCCAGAUACACGCGGCUUGUUCUUAAGCGCUCAUAUUCCUUUGUAUUUGUAUCCUUUCCUCAACACGAUGAGCAAAUCCAGACCGUUCGAGUACCUUCGUCUUACGAGCUUGGGCGUGAUUGGCGCCCUUGUAAAGGUUGAUGACACGGAUGUCAUAAACUUUUUGUUGUCUACGGAAAUCAUACCGUUAUGUCUUCGCACGAUGGAGAUGGGGAGCGAACUCUCCAAGACUGUCGCCACGUUUAUCGUCCAGAAGAUUCUUUUAGAUGACGUUGGAUUAGAGUACAUCUGUGCCACUGCCGAGAGAUUCUUUGCCGUCGGCGGCGUGUUGAGCAGCAUGGUUAGCAUGUUGGCUGAACAGCCUUCCGUCCGCUUGUUAAAGCAUAUCAUCCGCUGUUAUCUUCGGUUAUCUGACAACACUAGGGCUCGAGAGGCGUUACGGAACUGCUUGCCAGAUCUUCUUCGAGAUUCCACAUUCAGUGCUUGUCUACGGGAUGACGUGACAACCCGGCGAUGGCUAAGCCAGCUCCUUAUGAACGUCGGGCCGCCGAUCCCGCAUGCGCAGCAGAGACCGCAAGUUUCAAUCCCCGGAGGGCCGCGUAUGUCGUUGUUGGAGAGUCAUCAGCUUGCGAGGGGGGCGCAGUAAGACAAGGGGAGGGGGCGCAGUAAGACAAGGGGAGGGGCGGAGGAGGAGGAGGAGGAGGGAAGAGGAGAUGGAUGGAUGCACGAGAUGUGGUUGUUGCGGACCAACCAUCUUGUGCGAUCUCCUUGCAAUAUGGUCGUGUUUUGCGACGAUUUAAUAUGGGUUGGGAGGGGGGGGGAUCGUCACUUAUCGAGCGUUGUUGGCAGGAAGACGACGCAGCAAAAGGCAAAAGGAAUGCCAUGUGCGAUGUGAUUGCACGCGGAGAACAAGGCUGGAGUUGAGCGGAGGAUGGAUGGGUAGUUGAAGUAUGAGAGUGUGCUCAGCGUAUAGCGAGCUCUCUCUUACUUUUCCCAUGGCUGAUUAUGGUGGUGGUACCUAACCUGCAACUGUUGAUUGAUCAACACUUUCGUGUUCAAGCUCUUGAAUCUGGUAAAUAGUAAUAGCUGGCUGAUACUCGGGAGUGGUUCCACUGCACUAGAAACAAGCAAUACUAGCAGAAGUUGUGGCCGUAGAUUUGUCCGGUUGUUGUAUAAACGGCUGAGAUGAUGUAGUAGGUUGCGAUUCUAGUGCACUGGAACGAAGCCCAUUCAUUGUUUUUCUUUGAUGAAGAGGUGUCAUGAUUGCCCGUCGAUUUUGUUUGUUAAAUAAUUCUCUUUUAGGUUAUUAGAUCGGAUUGAUUGACAGGUGGAAGGUAGUAUACCCGCUGCGGCUUGCUGGCAUGUGUUGAUUGUACACGCUGCGGCUUGCUGGCAUGUGUUGAUUGACCGGUGGAAGGAAGUAUACCCGCUGCUGCUUGCUGGCGUGUCUUCAGCAGUACAAUAAAAGAGCUUGGGAGGGAAGAGAAUUGAGCGGCGGCGGGGGAGGAGUUUUGGGCGGGCCGGGGGCGGGGGCGGGGGCGAGGGGGGGGGNGGGGGGGGGUUUGAGGGGAGGUGGAGGAAAGAUGAGGGGCUUGCAUUUGUUUGUAGAAGGUAGGGAAUUCGAAAACAGGAAAGGACAGGCUUUUGAGUUGCAACGCUGUUAGUCCCUUUCGGGACUUGCCGUAUUCGGAUCGUCAUCGAAUGGUUGCCAUAAUUGGAAGCCUCUCCCUGUGGGGAUGUGGCGCUUAGAAAAUGUUUCAUUUGUUGUAAUAAUUUUUUGCCGGCUUUUGAUAAACCGGUCGUGCUGCUCCCCACGAAUAGAAUGGAGCUCUUGUUGUUGUUUUUUUCUUUGAUUUUUGUGCUCUCGUCUAUCUCUCUCUCUCUCUCUCUCUCCCCCCACCCCUUUUUUCCCCUCUGUUGCUCUUCUUUUUAUUGUGGGAGUCCUCGUCAAAACUUUGGUCUGGUCUGGACUGGUCUGGUCGUUGUUGUUCGUGAGAAGUGGAAAAAAAAAGACCAAAUCGAAAACGGAGGAAGACGGAAGGUCAAGUUGGUUGCCACGUAGCUACCUGCGCGCCGAGCCGCUAAUCUACCGCUGAGAGAGAUGGCCUUGCAACGCCACCAUCGCCGCGGGAUCGGAAGGGAAGGACGACGGCGUUCCUCGGUGAAAGGAAGUCGGCCGCUGGCAGCUCAUCAUCUCUUAUGCAACAGAAACUAUAGUAACUUGGAAAAAUCGACGGGGUGGGGUGUUGUCGCGACGGGCGUGGACGGCGUGGGAUGGCACGCACACGAUACGUUACUUCGCUAUUUUAUCAUUGGUCCUUGCCAACCACCCAGAAAACGAGGGAGUCCAUGGGAGGAUCGGCCACCAACGACAGUUUUUUUGAGUCCCUGAGGAGGCGGUUGGUGUGUCGGGAAAGGUAGGUCGUCAGCAGAAACCUGUGGUGUUAGAUGUGAGAACGGCGGGUACGGUCAGCUGAAGACGCGAGUGUGAUUGUGUAGGACUGCUGCAUAUGCCAUUUUGUCAUGCGGAUGAGCGUGAGUGUAAUUGAAGAGGUGGAGGGGCGUGUUAUCAGCACAGUACUCUACCCAUGGCCAAGGAACGCCUUUUUUGUCCCUUAUUUUGACGAGGCGAGGAUGAGAAAAUGCUUCCAGAAUCAAGAGCACAGGUCGGUGGCUCGAGGCCCAUGGAACGUGUUUGGACGGCCAGGAUCAGGGGUUUGGUAUGGCUUAGUGCCGCCAUGGAAGAGGGCAACAAGCGCACAUUCAUGGGCGCAGGUGGUCCUGGGCAAAUGCAGCUGUCAGAAGGUGGUGCGCAAGGGCAGAGGCACACAGUUCAGCCAAGGGUCGACUUCAAUGAGAGGAUAUGCCUUGGUGUUUUUAUGAAAACUCUCAUGAAAAGAACCCUACUCCCUAAGGAAAAUGGUGAUGUGGCACUCUCAGAGCAAAGAGUGCCAUGUGCUCCAAGCAAAGGGCAGAGUGCCAUCUGUCUGAAGGAAAAAGGUGGUAGAUGCAGUUGGACUGCUGCUUGUCCCAGCGAGCGAAAAGAUGGUGGUUAGGUUCAGACCGCAAUGUGUCCUGAGACGCGGCUAGUCGGUACACAUUCGGGUGUCUCACACAGGCGAACAAUGAGCUACUUUCGCUCAACGUACCGCGACGUUUGAUGCAACUUUCAGUCGACAUACAGCGAUUAUGACCGGGCCUUCUAUUCGGGUAAACGACGGUAGCGGGAAUUGUCCCGAAGCAAGGGUGUCUAGAUGCAGUUGGACUGCUGCUACGGAUCCGAAUGACAAGAUCGUUCUUCCAAUCUCAACCAGACUGUGCAAAGCGUCCAGAGACAAGGCGGGGUAACUCAGCCGGGUGUCCCACACAGGCUGAUGGAAAGCUGGUGGGUUCUAUUGGAACUCCCAUGUGUCCCAAGGGUGCUGUGGUGGAUGGAGUCAGGGUGCCAUCUGUCCCAUGGUUGGCUGGAUUCCCUGCCACAGCGAGAACGAAGUCGAGGUUGACUUUGACUUAUGGGCCUCCGGAAUGGGUUGACUUUGACUUAUGGGCCUCUGUAACGGGUUGACUUUGACUUAUGGGCCUCCGCAAUCGCAGUGUCUGUCCGCGUUAGAUUGGUACCCAUGAUGUGUUUUCUAGUGGAUGCGUCUGUCAAGAGACGUGGUAAGUUUUGUGAAUCCCCCACCGAUGUGAAUGUGAAGCUCUGACGGAAAUCUUUUGCGCAUGACAUGGUGGAUUGUGAAUAUGAUUGCGUCUGUGAAUUGUCUUGUGUGGAGAUUGCCGGAUUUGAAUCUGUGCUUGCACACGGAGCAGGGCCUUGGGCCCAGAUGUACAGAUCUUUAAAAAUACCAUUGUGUGGACGGGGCUUCGGCUGGAUGCUCUCAAGCGAUUCUGCUUCACUCCUUUUUAACUGCUUUGAAUCGGAAUAAGUCACAUGAAAGAGUUUGUGAACACGUCAACAGGCCACCCUAGCUCCGGAAUUCAGGCCAAUAAGUCAAAGUCAACCCGUUUAAAGCCUCGGCUGCAGACGGGACACGCGUCUUGGGUUGGGUGUCUGCAGGUAUCCAGAAAAAUGUGGUCCACGUGGGACACGCGUGGGAAAUCUGAACCUGUACGCAAUUCCAGGCCAUUGGCUGAUGACUGAUCUGCCGAUCUGGGCCUCCGUACCCAGGAGAGCAGACAGAGGCUAGUGAACGAGAGUCGACACUAUAUGUUGAUGUUGAGGUUGACCCAGCGCCUGCUGGAGAGCAUUGAAUUUCAGUCUUGCUUGUGCGUUCGGCUUGUGCGACGAUGGGUCAAUGCUAGUGCGACGAUGGGAGACUGAUUAAGCGUUAUGCUGGUGCCAUUCUUUGUGCUUGGGGCCAGCCUUGUGGGUGAUUAUGCUGACGUGUCCAGAGCCUCACUGAUUCCGACAUUGAGGGAGCAUGGGUGAGUUGGAGGAGGAUCUGGACUGUGGAGUUGAUGUGUGGGAUGAGGGGAAGCGUACCUGGAGUGUGAUCUGCUGCUCGUCUUCAAGUGGACCUGUGCCAUCCUCGUUAGCUGUUACUGAAGUGGACGGGGUCACGGAGGAUGGGCGCAUUGUUGUGACCUGCGCAAGUACAUGUCAGAGAAUGUCAGAGGAGCACUGAUUUGCUGAGUUGGAAUUAGUGGGAGAUGCCCGAGGAGGAAGUGGGCGAGAGGUGGGGGCUACUGCGCUACUGACAAGGGACUAUCCUUUUCCUCUCCUCCUAUCUGUCUUAUCUCCCCACACCUCUGUCUCUUCUCUGGGUUAUGGUGUUGAGUGCAUCGGUUACCGCCUUUUCUGCAAAAGGCGAGAGCCCUCCUGGCCAUCUCACGCAGGAGGAAAAGAAAACCAAAACCAAGAGACAACUUAGAGACGAUGCAUAAAUAGUCCCCCGAACCACUGAGAUGGACGUGGUCACGUCGUCCCUUCGCCGCCCUAGCCGGGUCGGCCAGCUGUACUUCUUGCAGUCCCCUACGACAGGAUAGGAUGGUGGGAGAUUUCAUGUACCAAAAAAGCUUGGACUUAUCAUCGAUUUUUGGAGACAGCAUUGUUGCGCUGAAUUAUACGUGCAUCACAACAUGUUUGAGCUUCUCAUUUGUUUGGGUUCAUUACUUGGGUGUUGAUGAAGAAAGAAAUGGCUGCAGCAAACAGAAUGAAAGAUGCAGAAGAAGAAGGAACAUGAUUGUCUCGGUACUUUGCAAUGGCAGUAGUUAAUAUGGCUCCUUUUUCUGGGUGCUGCCUUCCAUUUGUGGUAGAAGAAGAAGAAGAAGAAGAAGGGCUCCCAGUGGACGGUGCUCUUUUCAGUGGAGAAAACUGCUUUCUUUCGCUUAUGAAUUUAAUGUCUCAUAUUAGAUUAUUUUUCAGGUGCACGGUUCAGCCGAGACGGCAGGAAUAACCGAGGCUGGUGAUUUUAUUGCAGUUCAACUCUCCAGAGUCUCAACUCUUUUCACAUAUUUAUUUUCUUGCACGCUUCUCGAAAAUGAUACGAUGCGAACAAAGUUGAACAAACCAC